GUAUAUAAAUCUGGGGGGGUUGUUUAAAGCUCCGGCGAGCGCCGCGCAGGAGGGCGAGUUGUCGCUGCUGCUGCCGGGCCGCGGUGAGUGGCUGGGGUAAAGGGGGCUUGAGCUGCGCCGUCUGACAGCGAUACGGUACCGAGUGGCAGCCGGCGCAGGUGUUCGAGCACGUAUAGGCGAUGAACCACGGGGUGAGUCCGGGUCAGACACGGCCCGGGGGCUGCUGUCCUCCCGUGUGGUGGGGGUGGCUGGGAAGUGUUGGGUUUGCGCUCCACUUCACUUCUGCAGCAGAUUGAAGCAAUAGAUACAUCUUGAAGUGUUCAUACUAGGUGCAUUGUUUACAAGACCUUUUGGGCCAGUACACUGCUAACAACGUUAAUAAUUUCUUUUGAUGGACCUUGUGCAACAUUAGGAGGUCUUGUUUACUAUAGCAGCUAAAGUGAAUCAGAAUGCCUCUCAAUGAUGACCAGAACAGUGAUUCAGAGUCUUCACGCAUCUCUGAAAGCACAGCUGCUUCUAGUGACUCUGAAUAUUCAAGACAGAGCUUUAACAGUGAUUCUUCAAGCAAACCCAGUUCCCCAGCCUCAGCAAGCCCUCCCAAGGUUAUUACAUUUGAUGAACUGAUGGCAGCAGCAAGAAAUUUGACAGACUUGACUUUAGCCCAUGAAAUUGCUGUGAAUGCAAAUUUUUGCAUAAAACAUGAAGACUUCCCACAGAACAGCCUUGCAGGCACAGUGAAACAAAUUGUACACAAGGCAUUUUGGGAUCUUUUGGAAUCAGAACUGAACGAAGAUCCUCCAGAAUAUGAACAUGCUAUCAAACUCUUUGAGGAAAUUAAGGAGAUUCUUCUUUCCUUCCUGACUCCUGGAGCAAACAGGAUUCGAAAUCAAAUCUGUGAAGUUCUAGAUACAGAUCUUAUAAGACAGCAGGCAGAACACAAUGCUGUUGAUAUUCAUGGGCUAGCCAACUAUAUCAUCAACACUAUGGGAAAGUUGUGUGCUCCAAUAAGAGACAAUGAUAUAAAACAGUUAAAGGCAACCAACAAUAUCGUAGAGCUGCUGAGACAGAUAUUCCAUGUUUUGGACCUGAUGAAAAUGGAUAUGGCUAAUUACACAAUUCAAAACCUUAGGCCAUACCUUCAGCGUAAUUUGGUGGACUAUGAAAGAACAAAAUUCCAGGAAAUUCUUGAAGAAACACCAAGUGCCCUGGAUCUCACAACAGAAUGGAUAAAGGAAUCAAUAGAAGAUGAAUUGUCAUCUAUUUCUGAUGAAUCUUCAUCAUCCCCUGGUGCUGAUAAUAGUUCUAAACCCAUUAUUAGUCCUACACUGGUGCUAAACAAUGGCUACUUGAAACUGUUACAAUGGGAUUAUCGCAAAACAAUUCCAGAGACUCUAAUAACAGAUGAAGUUCGUCUUCAGGAGUUGAGAGAAAAGCUCAACCAAUUAAAAAUCAUAGCUUGUGUUUGUCUCAUAACAAACAAUAUGCUGGGUGCAGCAAUUGUAGGCAUGCCUGAUUUUGCUGAACAACUGAAAAGGAUCUCUCUUCCUCUUCUUGAAGGCAUGAACAAGAAGACUUUUGAUUUGAAGGAGGCUCUGAAGGCUGUUGGUGUCCAGAUUUGCAGCAAAGUGAACAGGUCUCUAAAUGAAAGAGGACUUCCCACUCUUAGUGAAGAAGUAGAGAGUAAUUUAAUGGGUCAAAUCGCUCAUAUUGUUGAGGAGAAUAAUCCCAUCAGCUCCUUGAUUGACAAACGAAUCCAGUUCUUCAUGAGAAGCUUGCUUGCUCUUCCACACUUUCAGAAGUGUAUGCCUGCCAUGCCAGGAGGCCUUUCUGUGAUUCAGACAGAGAUGGAGUUUGUUGGGUCUCAGUACGCGAGCAUUGUAAACUUUAAUAAACAAGUGUAUGGACCAUUCUAUGCAAACAUACUCAGAAAGCUGCUUUUUCCUGAGGCACCAAUGGGGAAAGCAGAAACAGAAAGACCUACCAAUUAAAAAAGAUGGCUUUCCUAAAACUUUCUGAGACAGUGACUCUACUCCCUGCUAAGAACAGCCCACUCCAGUGACUAUGCACAAGAAGGAUCUUGUGAAAUGUAUGGAGGUAACUUCGGAAAUUCACUGGAAAUUAAUUUCAAGGACAUAAAUAUUUCUAAUAAACUUACCUAAUGAAUUGUCACUUGUAAUAGUGAAUUACUAGUUUUGAAAGCAAAAAUUUAUUACAAUUUGCAAAGGAAAGAGAUGCCAAAGUAUUUGCUUUUUGCCACCACUAAAACAAAUUUAUUUUUCAACUUGCAUGUAUUUGCAUAUAGCAGUACAAUUAUAAAAUGAUAAAACAACUGUAGAUAAAGUGUACUAUGCUUACAUUGUGGUUUUUUGUAGAGCAACAUCCAGAAAACAUCUGUUUCUAAAAGACUAAAAGGAAAAACAAAACAAGCACAGCAUAACUGCUUUUGUAAUAAAACCCAGGAUCAUGUAAUGCCAGGUUCUGGUACUCCUGCAAUUACUGGAACCAGAAUUUAGCCUCUGUUACAUUAAAGAGUGCCAGUAUUAUAAAGUGUUUGGAUUAUAGCAGUUACAGAAGAAACAUUUACCACUUCAAGUAGGAAUCAUUCAGAACUUCUCAACUGUAAUUGAGAUUAAGGAUAAACACCGAAGAAACAUGAUGUUGGGGGGGGAGGGAGGAGUAAAUUGCUGUAUGUAAUGUUUAUAAACAUAAUGUUAAUCCAGUGAAGGUCAUACAGAUCUUUAAUAUAUAUGUGUACUGAUCUUUGAUCUUAAUGGGUAUUAAGUAUUUUUAAGCUGAGUCUUUCUGGCCUUUAUUCCCAAAAGCACUUAACAGUAACCUUACAGAGUACCACAGAGCAAUUUCCCCUUUUAUUUUGUUGGAUGAGGGCAUAAACGUUUCAAAAAAACAUUGUUAAGCAAGAACCCAAAUGGUUAGUCAUGCUUGAAAAUGUGAUUAGAUUCAGUCAAUUUGUGAGAAAUGCUGCCAGUCUGUUUUCAAUUUCCUUGGUCCAAUACUUACUUCCUGUGUAAAGUAUCAGAAAUCUUGCAUAGAGAAAAUGAAUAGGCUUGAAACUGAAAAAUGUGGAUGUAAACUUCUGUAGGUUUACACAGGCUUUGUUUUGCAUAUUUUAGAUUACUGGGAAUAAAUACUGCUGGAAUACAUAUUGCAGACAUAUUCUUGUCAAACAAUUUACUUGAAAAUGAUUUUAAAAAAUAUUUUACCAUAUAUCUCUUUAAAAUGUCACACACAUAUAUAUAUGUAAAAACUUCAUGUGGUACAAGUUAUAUAGCUUGGUUUUAAUAUUUUAUAUUGCAGUCUGUUUUUUAUGAAGAGAAAAAGGUGCCCCUAAAAGCUUAAUGUCACCCAAGUUGUGUAUGUACAUUACCUAUCAUACAUGUCUGAAAAACAGGGCAUUAUUUAGCACUGUGGUUUUGUAGUCCAUUUUUACUGAACUGUGUACUCUUUUUAAUAAGGGAAAUAACUUGUCAGCUGUUCUUGCAGUGUUCAAGGACUUUGGUCACAUGUACGUGAUAAAAAACCCAAACUAUCUUCAAAAUGCCUUUCUAAAAAGGAAUUUAUCACACUUCUGAUCUAUCCCUUGUGAAAACAUUGCACAAAAUAAAGACUAAAUACAUGUUCUAAAGGGAACAGUGUGCUGAAGUCUGAAAAACCUGCAAGAAAGUAACUCCUAGGAUCUAAUAACUGUGCCACUAGAUAAAUCAGGCUUGCUCAGAUGGAUGUGGAAUUUUGAUGUGCAAUUCAAAAACAUCAAGAGAAGAAUGCAGUCCAAAAGCAACUAUGAGGAAUUAAAUCUUCAUCUUUUGCUACAUUUUUAGAACAAUUAUUUUAAGCUUUGGCUGAAAGAGGGUUUUAUGAACAUUUGAAGAUGAUUUCUAACACAAUUACCUUUUAAUGUAAUACCUUAUACUCAUUCUAUUGUAAAAACAAGUAUAAAAUUAUCUUCUCUCAUACUAGUUUUUACCAGCUAAUACUGAAAAAAAAUAGAUUUUGGGGGCUUUUUUUUUUUUUUUUUGAGAUUCAGGUGACUUGCAAAGGGCAUUUUAUAGCUUGGCCUAUGCUUCAAGUGAUUGUUUAAUGCAUCUUCAUUUUUAUUUAAUGUUUCAAACAUGGACAUUGCAUCUGCUUUAAUGUCAUCUGUUGCAUGCUGCUUAUGCUGCCAUAGCUAAAAUAAACUUGCCUCUACUCUGAAGUUGUCCUUGUGAAAACAAGAUGAGUUCUGUAGCAGCUUGCUUUGUUGAAAUACAAAUAUUUGAGGUUUUGUACGUAUUAAAUUUUGUUUGUGAUACCAUUGGUGGUGAAAAGUCAUUUAUGCAAACUGUCUUACAAAGUAAUAGAUUGUGAAAUGCUGAUGAUAAAUGACUGCACUAAUA